AGCAGCAGAACAAGUCUAACUUUUCUUCUUCCUUUUCUUCAACCUGUUUCCCUCUCAGAACUCUCUCCCAGAUUCUUCUAAUCCUAUCUUUCCUGAGUAAAAUCCCACUCUACUCACCAAAUCACUUCCUCUUUUCGCAAAAAUUCUGGUUUGGUCGAAGAAACACAAAAUUCUGCAGCUUCCACAAGUGAGUCCACAAUCCAUUUUGGGUUGUUUUUAACUCUCAUGGCGAAAAAAAGAGUUAAAAUGACAUCGUCAAUGGCUGAGGAGGAAGAUGGAUUUUCGAAACUACCUGAUGCAAUCAUCCUAUACAUACUGUCGUUGCUCCCCACUGUGGAUGUCGUUCGGAUAUGCCUCCUUUCAAAGCGUUUGAAGCCCAUGUGGUAUUUAGUCCCCACACUCUCUUUCUCCGAUGCUACUACUGAUUUUCAAUCAUUACAGGAUGUAGAGAAUUUCUACAAGUAUGUCGACGCUUAUUUGGGGCACCGCAGGAGAGGUAUGGAUUUUAUGGUGGAUUCAGAUAUAACUAGUUUUAAGCUCCAGAUGAAGAAUUCCUAUCAUACUAGCAAAUCCACUCGCCUAGAUAAAUGGUUAGAUUUUUUAGUUGAGAAUAGAGUCAAGGAAAUAAAUAUUCAAUUGGGUUUUGCCUUUGAUCGUGCUUUGAGCUGUUACCGCUUACCUAUAUCAGUACUCAAUGCAAGAGAUUUGACUGUUUUGGAAUUGGAUAGGUUAGAUUUGAACACUGCUUAUUCAAUUAGACUUCCAGCAUUGAAAACUUUGUCAUUGAAAAAUGAUUACUUUGAAGAUAACUUAAAGGAUGAUGCAGUAUUUAAGUUAUUGUUGGGUUGCCCGUCUCUUGAGAAAUUGUUGUUGAGUAUGUGUGAUAACUUAACUCCUCUUGGUAAUCCGCUCCGUUUGCAAAGUUUAAGCCUCAAGUGGCUGAAAAUUAAAUAUCUUGGCUUUGUACCACCUCUCCAAGUUGAAGCCAUAAAUCUUGAAUAUUUGGUAGUAAAUGGAUUUAUCUUGGAAGACACAAAUCUUUCUGCAUGCAAGGCAAUUAGAAGUCUCUCACUAACUUUUGAUCACUGUAAUGAAGAAUACCCGUCUAUAUCAUUAGAGUAUCUCAUUUCAACCCUUCCACACCUUGAGAAUUUGACUUUGAAGGACUGUUUUAAAGUGAAGUUAGAGCAGAUUAAAAUCUCGAAUCAACAGUUGACAAGUUUCACUUUGAAGAAUAGGUGUAUUAAAUAUGAUUUUGGAAUGAAUGUUAUAAUCGAAUCAGCUCCAAAAUUAGCAUCCUUUUGUUAUGAAGGCAAUACCAACUUUAGCAUAUCAAUGAAGUCUUCUAAUUUGUUGAAUGGAAAGUUCGUGAUUCAUAAUGUGCAUGAGAACUAUGACGCAAAUGGGUUUUUUUGUAUGAUGAAUUUUCUUCUGAAUUUGAAUUGCUCUUGGAAUAUUGUAACCCUGCAUGUUCCUACAGAUAAGGUUUUCAUCAUGCCUGAAUAUUUGAAGAGGAUCUGUCAUCCUUCCUUGCUUAAAUGGAAACAUCUAAGAGUUAUGAUUGAUUGUAAGUCAGAGAUAGUGUCAAACUUGAAAGAUGCCUUGCUGCGGAUUUCACCAUCUUUAGAAACAUUAUGUAUUAAUGAAAAGGACAUGUUUUAACUGUAACUACUUAUUAUGAGCAGGAGUAAUGAUCUUUUAUUUGGUUUUUUUUUUUGCUAAUUGUUACUUUAGUCCUUUUGAGACUGUAUUUACUUCAUCAGUGGGAGCUUGUGAAUGAGUAGAUAUGAUAUUUAUUAAUCUUAUUGAUUUAAUUUCCUCUCU